AUGGACAGUGGAAGGGUUUAUGAAAAUUAUUUAAAAGCACUUAAGGAAAAUGAGAAUGUUUAUAAUAACCUUAAAAUGGAACAAGAAAUUUACAAACAGACAAAUAAGCAGUUUAUUAAAUCAGAAAAAGAUGUUAAAGCAUUACAGACUAUAGGUCAGAUUGUAGGUGAAGUUCUUAAGAAAAUUACUGAUGAACGGUUUAUUGUUAAAAGCAGCCAGGGUCCUAGAUAUGUCGUCGGAUGUAUGAAGAAUAUUGACAGAUCUUUAUUAAAAUCAGGUACAAGAGUAGCUCUUGAUAUCACAACAUUGACUAUUAUGCAUGUCUUACCUAGAGAAGUAGAUCCUAUGGUCUAUAGCAUGAGUGAGGAUAAACCUAUAGACAUUGGAUUUGAGUCAGUGGGUGGAUUGAAAAAUCAAAUACGUGAACUUAAAGAGGUCAUAGAAUUACCGAUAAAAAAUCCAGAAAUUUAUAAGCGUGUAGGAAUAAAAGCACCUAAAGGUGUGUUACUUUAUGGACCACCUGGUACUGGAAAAACUUUACUAGCCAGGGCUACAGCGGCUACUAUGGAUUGUAAUUUUUUAAAAGUUGUAGCAUCAGCUUUAAUAGAAAAAUACAUUGGAGAGUCGAGUAGAAUGAUCCGAGAAAUGUUUGCAUAUGCAAGAGAGAAGGCCCCUUGUGUUAUUUUUUUAGAUGAAAUUGAUGCAAUUGGAGGUAAAAGGUCUUCUGAAUCAAGUUCGUCUGAUCGAGAAGUACAGAGAACUUUAAUGGAGUUAUUAAAUCAACUUGAUGGAUUUAAAGAGUUAGAUAAUGUUAAAGUUAUUAUGGCUACUAACAGGCCUGAUAUAUUAGAUCCUGCACUUUUAAGACCUGGACGAUUGGAUCGUAAAAUAGAAAUACCUCUACCAAAUGAAGAGGGUCGCAGAGAAAUUUUGAAAAUUCACAGUAAGGAUAUGGAAAUUUCUGGAGAAAUUGAUUACGAUGUUCUUGUUAAACUAACUGUAGAUUUUAACGGAGCAGAUUUAAGGAAUGUUAGUACUGAAGCAGGUAUGAUGGCUAUUCGAGAGGAUAGAGAUUAUGCAGUGCAAGAAGAUUUUAUUAAAGCGGCGCGUAAAAUAGCAGAAUCGAAGAAAUUAGAAACAAAAUUGGAUUAUAAAAAAAAAUAA